AACUUUACGCAGAUUUUACCGUUUUUUCAGGAAAUUCCUGUUAACCAUGGCUGCAGCAGCCCCCGAAGCCCCAUCUAAAUCAGCUUGCAUAUUCUGUAAUAUUGUGAACAAGCUAGAAAACACAGAGAUACUGUACGAAGACGAAGAAAUCUGCGUUUUUCGUGACAUCCGCCCAGCGAGUCGGUUCCACAUUUUGACCAUCCCGAAAAGGCAUAUUGAGGACGUUAAAUGUUUAACAGCGGCUGAUAAACACUUAGUUGAGAAGCUGCUAACCGUAGCUAAGGAGAUGUUGUCCAAGAACGGCCUGUCAGAAGAUGUUGCCAGGUUCGGAUACCACUGGCCACCGUUCCGGAGCGUCAAGCAUCUCCACUUGCACACCAUAGCCCCGGAGAGUGAGAUGGGGUUCCUCGCCAAAAUGAUGUUCCGGAAGGAUUCUUAUUGGUUUGUUACACCUGAUUACGUGAUCUCAAGACUAUGACGGAACUGAAGUGAAUAUUCCAAGGUUUACACCUGAACGAAGUACAC